CGGGGCCUCGGCGCCCUGCAUCAUCAUGCCCUCAACUCUACUGCAGCUUCACAAAGAGAACAGAAACCCAUCUGGUCGCUGCCCCUUCAUAUGUGAACUUCCUGUCUCGAGCAAUCACAAAGCAGUGUGGUUCACCAGACAGGGCGUUACAGUCUCCGGCUUCAUGGACAAGGAGCUGAGUAGAGACAUGACAGAACAGAGGAAAUCGUCCAAGAGAUGACACCAUCCAAAUACCCCGACAUAUAAAGGCUGAUAGGUUGAUUGACAGCUCACCUCCACACGUCCUCCCUCCGGAUCCCACCAACUUAUCAGCCGUCCAGCCAUGAUAUUGAGGAGGAAGCUGUGCGUUGCCUUGGCGAUCGCUGCCAUCCUCUUCCUCAUGUUCGCCAGUCAGAGCAUCCAGAAGAAACACUUCCUGCCACUAUCAUUGGCCCUGCCCUUCAGCCGGGCCACGCCCACCGAUGAGGAGACAGUCGUUCAACCAACAAGGUCUCCUGCUGGUCUGACCCAUGAACCUCCCAUUAGCCCCCCUCCUCCAAACACCCCUAAACCUGAGGCAGAGGAGGGGUCUUUAGGGGACCCCCAGCAGGAUCAGAGCAGGCCGUGUGGUUGCUCUGAUUCCUGCAUUUCAGACGCGGAGGGCUCAGACUGGUUCAGCAAACGCUAUGACCCCAAACAGCAGCCCGUCCUCCGAGAGACCAACAACUUUGACCCGGACGCGAUUAAAUGGUGGCUGGGUCUCCAGCGGUCAGGAACCGACCAGACCUUGGAGGGAGUCAUUUCAAAGAUGUUCAAGGUGAUUUCUCCGCCCACUGAGGACUUCAGGCCCCUUCCCUCUCGUUGCCGUAGAUGUGCUGUGGUCGGCAACUCUGGCAACCUACAGAAGUCAGGACACGGCAGCCUGAUCAACUCCCAUGACUUCAUAUUUAGGAUGAACAAAGCGGUGACCCAGGGAUUUGAGAAAGACGUUGGAAAUCGAACCACUUAUCACUUGUUAUACCCAGAGAGCGCGGUGGAUCUUAAACGUGGCGUCGGACUCAUCCUGCUGCCGUUCAAACUGAGAGACCUGGAGUGGCUGACCAGCGCGCUGUCCACCGGAGAAGUUAAGAUGACCUACAUGAGAGUCAAAGAGAGAGUGGCGGCGGAUAAAGACAAGGUUCUUGUGGUCAACCCGGUCUUCUUUAAGUACGUGUGUGAUCACUGGACUGAACGUCACGGUCGGUACCCGUCUACCGGCAUGCUGGCUAUCAUUUUCGCCCUUCACACCUGUGACCAGGUCUCUGUGUUCGGUUACGGCGCCGACCAGCAGGGUAACUGGCAUCACUACUGGGAGCAGAACCGCUACGCCGGAGCCUUCAGGAAGACGGGCGUCCACAGCGCUGACUUUGAAACGCAGGUCAUCCACCAGCUCGCCAAGGAGGGCAAGAUCAGUCUGCACCUGUGACACAACCACUGACCUGCAACACCUACUUCACGCUGACGGGUGCAAAGGUCAUCAUAUGUUUUUAAACAACUAGAUCCUUCACCGCUUAAUUCAUGAGACAGAUAACGAGUUAAAUCACGUCUGGGUGAUUGCGGCAAAGUGUCGUGACCUCUGGCACCGGAAACCACAUUUCUGCGCUGGGUGUGGCGGCCAGAUUUUGCUCCUUUCUGAGGAAGUAGGAUAUUGAGACAGGAGUCAAACCUGUGUACUUCUUGCACGUCAAUCAUUUAAACUGCCUUAAGUCAGCCAUCGAGAAAGAGACAUUUUUACAGACUUGGAUUAUUUGUGGACAGAGCCCUUUAUGAGCAGGGAGAGCUAGACACGCCCUCUUUCAAGUGGGCGCGGCUUAUAAAGUCAAACUGGAUCUUCGAGACUUGCCACUCUUCAAACAGACUUUCCUGCCAUUUGCGACUGCGAGGAUCGACCACAAAAGUUUUGCUCUGAGCGGGAAACAACCACAGACGUUUUGUUUUUUGUAUAUCUUAUUUCAAAUGUAACUUUAUAGACAUUAUACAGGGAUAACCUCUUUUAUAUUCAAAGCACUUUUGUCCUGAAGAAGAAAAGGCACAAAGAUGCAAUGUUGUUGCUUUUUUUUUUUCCAAACAGAUUUUUUUUUUCAUAUUUUAUAUCAUUGAUAAUCCAUCCAUGUGUUCGAGUUGAAUCUUAGCCCAAUCCGUCCUGAUUCAGAGGAUGUUGUCCAUCCUUUCUGUCUUGAACUUGAAACCGUUGACUCUUCCUGUUUCAACCAUAUAUGGAGCUGAAGGCUGAGUGGGAGGAGCCUGUGUGAAGUCCUCAGCCUGUGUUUAAGCAACAGUCUGCAGGUUUUCAGAAUAUUUUAAAGAAAGAGAAACAUUGUUUGAGUAUUUUCUUUUUUUUUUUUUUACUAUUUUAGACAAUGUGGCUUAAAAAAAAAAUUGAAAAUCUUCAAUUUACGUAAAGAUACGACUCAUUGAAAAGCUGCAGGCUGUUGAAGGUCUCUGACAAAGUGAAGAAGACGAGGAAAUCAUGCGUGACCUUAAAGUAAAGACGUAUUGCACAAAAAUCUAACGAGGACAAAGUCAAACAAUCAGUAACAUCACCGCUGUGAGUGAUGCAUGGAUGAGUGCAAUGUACUUUCAUAGAAACGAUCUGAAGUGCAACCAAAAAAAAUAAUCAACAAUACGAAUGAAGAGAGAUGGACCAGUCGGAGGAGUCUGCUGUGGUCUGCUGGAGCUAACGGGAGACGGCGUGCGGAGGUGCCGUCUCACCCGUACUGUGAAUGUUGCUGAUUGUCAAUCACAGUCGUCUGAAUGUUUGUGGCCUUAUCCGCGGAGCCCGAGGAGUCUCAAGAUGUUUUCACACUGUUGUCGUUUUGAGUCUGAAUCUGAGUUCUCUCUCCCCGAGUCUCUUCCAGCUGCUCUUUUGCAAAUCCUCUGGUCCUCCUCAUGGUCGUCUGCAACAAGCAACAAAACGACUAGAUGUCGAUCUCGGAACCCACUGGCUAUUAUCUCACACCAAAAAAAAUAGUCUACGGGAGUGAGGGACAAGUUUAUGGGCUUCCUGUGUAGCUUCAGGAAGCGAGUAAAGACUUCCUUCUCCAUGUGAUUCAGACCAACCUACCAGUGUGAUAUCGCUCAGUCUGCUUCAGACGACAAACUUGCUUUUUCAGCGUCUAUAAAGUGGGAAGGAAAUCACACAUAUGGAUAUUUUUCUAACAUAUUUUUCUCUCAGUGUUUUCACAUGCAAACUGAGUUUUAACUCACUGGGCCAGAUCCCUUUCUGCUCACUGGAGCACCGCUGAAUAUAUUUCAGCUUUAGGGGGAAAAAAAGAGUUUAAAUGGAGUUAAAUAACCCAGAAUUGUUGUUCACAAAACAAACAACAACAUGGUCCUUUAGUGCCAUAGCUUCUGUUGCUAUCGAAUAACUUCCAGCUUGGACAGUUAUAUGAUUUAAUGCAACAUGAAUCUGUUUCUGUCCCAUCAGUCUCCCCUGACUCCUGAGUGUUCAUGAAAUCCAUCUGGUAAAGGGAGCAGGGGCCCCCCCUGAAAUCUUAUUGGCCACCCCAAAAUCGUUAACUAUGAUUGGUUAUUUGCCUUGCCGGAGGAGGGACUUGCAUGGAAAUCCAUCAUUCAGGCUGUGUUGCAACAGUCAGCUCAUAAAUUUAGUUUUCAGUUUGCAAUGUUUAAAAUACUUCUAGAUAAUGGCAACAUAUACAUCUUCUAACUUAAAAGGUGAUGUGAUUAGUGCAGACAGAAUGGGUAAAUUAAUACUCUUUAUUCAUGGGUGUGCACACAAACUUCAGGCCACCCAUUGCACAGGUCAGGGCCCCAGUUGGGCCAACCCAGUCCAAAAAAGUCUGGGCACGCCCCUGAAAGGUAAGCAGUGAGCUCAGCAUCGAUCUCAUGUGCAAGCAGAAAGCUUAUCACUAUAAACUGUAAGGAUUGUGUGCAGGCACCACCACUACCUUCACAACAGGCAUGUAUUGUGCACUGAAACAGAUUAUAGGAAACAAAAGUGUGUGGGAAACAGUCAUCACCUUAAGUCGAUCAUUGACUCGUGUAAUGAGAAACUUUGUCUCAAACACUGAUAAGUUCCAUGCAGGUUAAAAAAUAAUUAGUCUAGCCAAUGACACUGACCUUGAGUGGAGUUUCUCUGCUUUUUACUGUUGUGUUUGUAUUUUUGAAACGUCCGAGUACAUGUUGGAGUGAUACUAACACAGAAACAGUCACCAGUGCAGAAUAUUCCUCUUCCUGCACGUACGGCCCAGACGCAACCCCCACACCUAAACGAAGCGAGGUAUUUCAAGAAGUGACAGCAUGUCUGACACUGACCAUUUUUCCGCAGUGUAGGACGUAUAAAAGGCCGUUCUGAAAAGAAAAAAAUCCAGGACUUGAGUGUCUGGAAAAUGUCAGGAGUUCAUGUGUGAGAGUGUCUUUAAUUUAAUUCAGAUUUUAUUUCACCAAUAACUGGCCAAGAAUGCUGGUUUGAGUAAUUUUACGUUCUUGUGUUUUAUGUUCAACUUCUUUAAUAGAUAACCUGAAAAAUAUCUGUUUUUUUAAAUAUCCAUUAGUGUGUGAACAAGGCCUAAGUGUGUCCAACAAGUGUUUGUCAUUCAAGCCCUGAAUGGAGACGAAUGGGACUAACCGAGAGCUUUUUAGACAGUAUUUCCUCAAAGACAUUAAAAAGGUCAGCUGUCUAAAAGGGAGCUUUCAGACGCCGUUAGACGAUCCCUCCACUCUCCGUUUGAAGCAGACUGAGGACCUCUAUAAAUAAUCAGAAAUGCUGAAUCAUCAAGUGGAGGCUGCUGCUCUGGCCGAGUUAAAGAGUUUAAACCUGAAUGUGUGGAAGUGUCUUUAAACCCGAUACCAUAAACUGAGGUUUAAUGUGAAACAUCUGCUGCUUGUUUUUGUAGUUUUGGUUCAUGCUGUGGUUUAACUCUUUGUUGGCUCUUUUGGGAAAACUUCCUGAGAAAUUAUCCACUUUAUGAGGAACGUCGAGUCGCUUUAAUGACAGAGCAGCAGCCCUCCUGAGCUCGUCUCAACAUCUGGACUCAAGGUUUUUUGGAAUUUACAGACUCAAGUUAAAGAUCCUCACGCUGGAAAAAUGAAGUUUCUUUGUGAGUUUAAAUCCAAAGUUGUGUUUCAGAGUCUUCAUGCACUCUGAAUAUUUAGAGAUGAUUUCAAUCAAGGAUGCACACGGCUGCAGAUUAAAUCAAUCUGCUGCUUGUGUUUCAUAGAGAAAGGCUGUUUGUAGGCUUAGAGCAGACCAAAUGGGGUGUAUGUUUUAUGUUUUUUCAGUUUUCAUAGCUUUAAUUCAGCUCUUCAUGUUUAAACUGUGACUGUUUGUUCAAGAAAAAUGUCACUUCCAUUUAACACAGAACCUGCUGAUCAUCACGUCAUUUAUUCAUUCAUUCAUGUUUACAAACAGUGAUAUUCACUGUGUCAUUAAAAACGACAUGAACCCACCACUGUCACUUUGAAUGAAAUAAAAAUGAAAGAAAGAAAUACAA